CAUCACAGUUCAAAUAGUGUCGGCUGGUUAAACUGUAACCAUCUGCAACUUAAACCGGGCAAACAGACCAGUCGGCCAUCUUUUUUACCGUUUGUUUCAAACCCAGACAGAGUCCAGUCUCGAAAUACCGUUUGAGCAAGACGUUAUUCGGAUAUUUUGAGAGAAAAUUUUCUUGUAAAGGUUUGGAAGAUGAGCGAAGCGGGGUCGUCUUACAAAGAUGGGGCGGGGAUCAAGUCGUUUUUCGACGAUGACCACAACCGGACCGUCAGCAGUAUGGGAAUCGACGAUUUCCGCUACGAACCCAGAGAUCACCGAGAGAGGAAAAAACGUGGCAUCUUGUGCCCAUGUGUUACCACUAUCUUCGUCUUGGCGCUACUGGGAGGCCUUGCCUGUGUCGGCUAUUUCGUGGUGUUCAAAAUGGCAGUGGAACCACAACUAGAGAAACACAUCGGAAUAAACGGCACGUGGAGUGAGUGGGGCCUGUGGUCCGUCUGCAGUGCCACUUGCGGCCGCGGGGUGCAGAAGCGCACACGGGAGUGUGAGAACCCGCAUGCACACCCCAAUGACCAACCGUUGUGCUUCGGCGAGUCCAUAGAGAAUAAACCGUGUAGUGCGGCUUUGGACUGCCCAGAUUGUGCGAGAAUAUGCGACGUGGGGUCUCUGAACGAGAACUGCACAGCCUGCACCUGCAAGGGUCACGUGAUGCUGGGCUGGGUGUACGAUGAAGUCACGCGAGAUCCCGUGCAGUUCGUCAAGGUGUACUUGGGAGACUCGGUACAGAUCCUGGGGCUGAGUAACAGAACGGGACAAUUCGUGAUCUACGGUAUCUGCGCUAACGGUGAGAACACGGUGCGGCUGGAGCGGGACGAGUACAUGCCGAAGUACGUCCAGCCUGCUCGCAUGAACGAGACGGCCACGCAACUCGUGGCACGGAUAGACCCGUACGAGGAGCCGUAUUUUCUGGAGCCUCUGCACAAGCUGCGGUACGAGGGGCAGUCCGUCGUCAUGUGCUGUCGGGCAGUGGGCACCCCUGAACCCGACUACUUCGAAUGGUACAAAGAUGACGUGCUCCUCGACUCGGAGAAGUGGGGCUACAACAACACCAACGAGCUCGAGAUUUACAACAUCACGCGAGAGGACGCGGGAGACUACAGCUGUCUGACGAGAACACCUGCUGGAGAGUCCACCUCCAACAUCACCACCCUUACUAUCCAUCCGAACGGUACGGAGUUCUGUAACACCGUGCCUAACGUGUCGUACGUCCAGCUGCCCGUGCCAUGUCAGGACCCGGAACAGGGCAACAAGUUCAUCAGUGAGAUCAACAUCGGCGUGUGCGCUAACGGUACCAUCGUGCCGUGCAUCGUCUGGAGCGCGUACAACUACACCAACCCCGGCUCCUGCCAGGACCCGCUGGAGUACUGCUGCGGGCCCGUGGCCACCAGUACCAAGAGGUUGUUAUGCCCCUUCAUACCGGGUACUUUAUCGCCCAUUGACUACCCUAUAACGACCGCCUGUGGGUGUAAGAAAUGUGACGACACUUUCAUUCCAACAGUUCCCGCUUCGACUACUUUCAACCCAAUCAAUAACGUAGGAUGAGGCAGGACUGGCAGGCUCUUAACUACCUGAACAUCAAUAGAUAAUCUCCAGCUCGAGUUUUCCCUCACAAUUAACCAGUACACAUUGUAAACUGGGCAUGCGUGAGGUCAAAGUUGAAGGCCCCUAACUUCUAACUAAAGUCUAGGUAACAUAAUCAUCUUUCAGCAAGUAAGUGAGAGUUUAAUCAUUUUGUCGGCACUAUGAGUUGUUCAACCAUUAUUUCCGUCGUGUUUGUGCUGUUGUUGACGGUAGCCUGUUGUGACAAAACCAUGUAAGAUGUAUGACAUGUGGACGUGUUUGGCUGUAUUUGCUUUGUUAUGACAUUUCAAGUCCUGUUGAGUAGGUUAAGAAAUAAAUUCAAUGGUAAAGAAAAGUAAUAGAUAGAAAAAAUGUUACGUUUUCAGAAUAGACAUGAGACAACAUCAACUCUAUGUAGCUGACGAUGAUACAUUGUAAUAACGUGUAUUUUUUUGUUGAAAUCUGGAUAUCCUUUAUUCAGAACUUUUGUCACCUUUUGUAUGGUUGUAGCAUAUUCGUAAUGGAACAUAGUUUCAAAUAAUUUUGUCUGAAUUUCCCUAUGAGAUCUUACAAUAGCAUUGAGUUAUUAUUGUUUUUUUUAUACAUUAUGCUCAUUCUUCUAUCAAGAUUGUAUAACUUCUUAAUUACUACUAGCCUAUCUUUGUGCUGUCAUUCGUUCACUUCUUCAAUCCGUUCAACGAUAAUCAGUGAAACUGUGCAAUGAAUGAACAGAUGCAAUAAUUUUCUUUCUACACGCGGUUAUGAAAUUCCGAAACACAGCUAUACGCACGAACAUGUGGUAAAUUGCAAAUAAGUACAACAAUGCUCGAAUAGGUUGACUGUGUCUUUUAGAUCUUGAGUCACUGGCUUUUUUUAUGCUACAUAUAGAUAUGUUAAUCUCAUCUUUCAGAUUUACAUACAAUCUUUCUCUGUCCCAUAAACGAAGUGAAGGAAAAUUUUCUUCAUAUUCUAUCGUAUUGCACUACUUCAGUGUAUGUUGUUCUACUGACUUUGCAUGUAUAUACGCAAUACUACUGUCCUCUUACCUAAACUGUAGGAACGCGACGCUACAUUAUGUCGCGUACUAUGUCUGUAUCCUGUUUCACUGGGUAAUUAAGUCUGAAGUGUAAGUUUGCAUUCAAGUUGGUGUCCCUUUUUUGCUAUGUUUGUGUUUUGGUAUACGAAGGUACUUUGCCGUCGUGUACACGGCAAAACAUGUUGACAACCAUCAUUUACAAAAGUUAUUUGCUAAUGCAAUAAAUAUAUGUGCGUUUUCACUUGUAAA